AGAGAGCAUACAUACGUAAGCACAUGUUUUGUACAUACAUAUUAUACGUAUAAAACCACCAGUAAUAUUGUAAUUACACGUCAAUUCUGGAGAAUUGUAAAGAAAACUGUGCAACAUUUUCGUUCAUGGGCAUGACGGCGUGACACUCGGUAAACUUGGUAGAGUUUAAACUCUUGAUGCCAGAUGUUUUUGAUCGUGAAUGCGUAUGUGUAAUCAAGCGUCAAACCUCAAACCAGUGGAUCGGUCAAGUUAAAAGUUGAUAUUUUGAGAGAUGACGUUUCCGUUCGAGUAAACCGCAGUUGAUAGUUGAAGUUGCGUUAUGGCGUCCCCACGUCCUAAAUCACCACGACCACCGAUUUCUGCAAAAAAGGAUGAAAAGGAAGAAAGUUUUUGGGAUAAAAUUGGAACAUUGGGCCGCAAAAAACGCAUCAAAGAAGUGCAAGAAGUGCAAGAAGAAGGAAAAUAUGCUAUCGAUUCGCCGGGAUACGCGGCUAAUCCUGAGAUGCCACCAGAAGAGUAUGCGCUCGACGAAAACGAGGAACGCUCGAUGAUGGUACCUAGAUCCAUGGAAGAUUCGAAGCUCAAGGAACUGAUAUUCGUGUUGAUCGAAUGGAUCAACGACGAGCUGGCCGAUCAACGGAUUAUCGUAAAAGAUAUCGCGGAAGAUCUUUACGAUGGACAGGUAUUACAGAAGCUUUUAGAGAAAUUGACAGGGGAGAAAUUAGAUGUACCCGAAGUAACUCAAUCCGAGGAAGGUCAGAAACAAAAAUUGGCGGUUGUUUUAUCGAGUGCAAAUCGUGUACUGGGUCGUUACCCACCUUACAAAUGGAGCGUGGAAUCGGUACACUCGAAAAACAUUGUUGCUAUUCUACAUCUCCUGGUGGGUUUGGCCAGGCAGUUUCGUGCCCCAGUACGAUUACCGGAAAGGGUGGCCGCGCAGGUUGUCGUUGUACGGAAAAAAGAUGGCCAAUUAACACACAGAACGAUCAGGGAAGAAAUUACAUCAACGUACGAUGAUUUGGGAAUGCGUUGCGAGCUUGAUGCUUUCGACGCGCUGUUUGACCACGCGCCCGAUAAACUGGCCGUUGUAAAAAAGUCUCUAAUCAACUUCGCUAAUAAACAUUUGAGCAAAGUACACUUGGAAGUUACGGAUUUGGAUACGCAAUUUCAUGACGGAGUAUUUCUUACCCUCUUGCUUGGACUUCUCGAAGGAUUUUUCGUGCCCCUCGGUAGCUUUCAUCUUACUCCCAAAACUCAUGAUCAAAAGGUGCACAAUGUUUCGUUUGCUUUCGACAUUAUGCAAGAUAUUGGGUUGCCGAAACCAAAGGCCCGGCCGGAAGACAUUGUAAAUUUAGAUUUAAAAUCGACGUUGCGGGUCUUGUAUAAUUUGUUCAGCAAGUACAAAGGUAUGAAUUGAUCGAGCAACACCAAACCCUGAAAAGAGAACAUCGCAACGACAAAAGGACUAUAUGUGCUAUCAAGAGCAAUGAAACGACUAACAUUGCAGUUACAAACGUUUAUUAAUAUACUAACCAAAGAGUAUAUCCGAGAUACCGAUAAACAUGACGUUGACAUUUGAAAUUUGUAUUCUUAUACUGAACAUUUGACGCAACAAAGAAAUAUAUCGUUUAACGUUAUUCUCUUUCCAAAACAUUCUUUCACUGUCAUAUUGUAAGUGAAGCGCAGUAAAAUACUAGGCGCAACAAAAUCGUGUAAAAUAAAGAUAUAGAUUAUUG